CUAUUUGUGCCUUUGUUUUGUGACGGCUAUCGUUGUCUGAUUUGUUGUUCAUGAUUCUUAAUGUAAAGUUGUAAGAAACAACUUCAUUUUUUACUAAUAAUUAUUUAGAUUAAUUAAGAUUUAAGUCAGUUAAUGACGGUUGUCAAUAAUUGGAAUCAUUCAAUUUGAUUAGAAAACAUGUCUUCGCCACUGGAAAAUCUUGAGACACAAUUGGAAAUGUUUAUUGAGAACGUCAGACAAAUCCGUAUCAUAGUAAGCGAUUUCCAACCACAAGGCCAAAGUGUAUUGAAUCAAAAGAUACAGUCUCUUGUGACAGGGCUCCAAGAAGUUGAUAAACUGAAGUCUCAAGUACAUGAUAUUCAUGUACCCACAGAAGUAUUUGACUACAUUGAUCAGGGUCGCAAUCCUCAGCUGUACACCAAGGAUUGUAUAGACAAAGCAUUGGCCAAAAAUGAAGAAGUAAAGGGCAAGAUAGACUCAUAUAAACGGUUUAAAAGUCACCUUCUUUCAGAACUCUCGAAGACUUUUCCAAAUGAAAUUAAUAAAUAUAAAGCUAUUAGAGGUGGUGAAUAGUUUAAUGAAAUAUAAUACAUUUGUACUUUUUUGAUAUGUAAUAGAUCUAUAAGUAAGUUUUGCUAUUUAAAAUGUAUGCUAGUACUUUCUUGUUUAUACUUUUGUCAAUUUUCUUUUGAUUUCUGUAUUCAAAGUCAAAAGAGUCUCCCAACUCAUUUGACUCAAUAUUUGUACUAAGUCCAGUUUUGAUGAUUUCAAUAACAAAUAAGAAUAACUUAAUAUUAACAAUAUGUAUUACUGAUGUGAUAGGAAAGUAGAAAAUUGUCCUAGUAGCUCCAUUUAAAAAUUUGAUGGUAUUUUAUGUACUUAUGGAGUUAGCUAGUUUGACUCAUGUCACUCUGGAUCUUUUACCACCUUUACCAUAGAUUUGAUAUUAUAAUUAUAACUUAACUAUAGAUAAUAAAAAUCAGAUA